AUGAAGAAAGAAGACGUCGGGAAGAAGGUGAAGAAAGAAGACUUCGGGAAGAAGAUGAACAAAGAAGACUUCGGGAAAAAGAAGACUUGGGGGAAGAAGGUGAAGAAAGACUUCGGGAAGAAGCUUCGGAAAGAUAAAAGAAGACUUCUGGUAGAAGAUGAAGAAAGAAGACUUCUAGUAGAAGAUGAAGAAAUAAGACCUCUGGUAGAAGAUGAAGAAAGAAGACCUCUGGUAGAAGAUGAAGAAAGAAGACCUCUGGUAGAAGAUGAAGAAAGAAGACCUCUGGUAGAAGAUGAAGAAAGAAGACCUCUGGUAGAAGAUGAAGAAAGAAGACCUCUGGUAGAAGAUGAAGAAAGAAGACCUCUGGUAGAAGAUGAAGAAAGAAGACCUCUGGUAGAAGAUGAAGAAAGAAGACCUCUGGUAGAAGAUGAAGAAAGAAGACCUCUGGUAGAAGAUGAAGAAAGAAGACCUCUGGUAGAAGAUGAAGAAAGAAGACCUCUGGUAGAAGAUGAAGAAAGAAGACCUCUGGUAGAAGAUGAAGAAAGAAGACCUCUGGUAGAAGAUGAAGAAAGAAGACCUCUGGUAGAAGAUGAAGAAAGAAGACCUCUGGUAGAAGAUGAAGAAAGAAGACCUCUGGUAGAAGAUGAAGAAAGAAGACCUCUGGUAGAAGAUGAAGAAAGAAGACCUCUGGUAGAAGAUGAAGAAAGAAGACCUCUGGUAGAAGAUGAAGAAAGAAGACCUCUGGUAGAAGAUGAAGAAAGAAGACCUCUGGUAGAAGAUGAAGAAAGAAGACCUCUGGUAGAAGAUGAAGAAAGAAGACCUCUGGUAGAAGAUGAAGAAAGAAGACCUCUGGUAGAAGAUGAAGAAAGAAGACCUCUGGUAGAAGAUGAAGAAAGAAGACCUCUGGUAGAAGAUGAAGAAAGAAGACCUCUGGUAGAAGAUGAAGAAAGAAGACCUCUGGUAGAAGAUGAAGAAAGAAGACCUCUGGUAGAAGAUGAAGAAAGAAGACCUCUGGUAGAAGAUGAAGAAAGAAGACCUCUGGUAGAAGAUGAAGAAAGAAGACCUCUGGUAGAAGAUGAAGAAAGAAGACCUCUGGUAGAAGAUGAAGAAAGAAGACCUCUGGUAGAAGAUGAAGAAAGAAGACCUCUGGUAGAAGAUGAAGAAAGAAGACCUCUGGUAGAAGAUGAAGAAAGAAGACCUCUGGUAGAAGAUGAAGAAAGAAGACCUCUGGUAGAAGAUGAAGAAAGAAGACCUCUGGUAGAAGAUGAAGAAAGAAGACCUCUGGUAGAAGAUGAAGAAAGAAGACCUCUGGUAGAAGAUGAAGAAAGAAGACCUCUGGUAGAAGAUGAAGAAAGAAGACCUCUGGUAGAAGAUGAAGAAAGAAGACCUCUGGUAGAAGAUGAAGAAAGAAGACCUCUGGUAGAAGAUGAAGAAAGAAGACCUCUGGUAGAAGAUGAAGAAAGAAGACCUCUGGUAGAAGAUGAAGAAAGAAGACCUCUGAAGCAAGAAGCCUAAGAACGACGACAUCGACAAUCGACAGAAAUUAUCUUUACUAUUUUUUGCAGGUAUUAUAAAUCUUUAUUGAGUUUUGUUUGCCAAUGGGAUUUAAAAAAAUAUUCAAUAAAACAAAUAUUUAUAAAAAAAAUAAAAGGCAAAAAAAAAAAUUGUGCCGAAAUCAGAAAAUGUUCUAAUAUGGAAGAAAAAAGAAAUCAGAAUAAAAAAGAAAAAAAAAUUAACAAAAAAUCAAAGUGGUGGCAAAACAAUGUUUUUACUUAAAAUUACUUCAGCUAAAAUAUGAAAAGAAGACAGCAAAGGUAAGAAGAUGUAGAAAGAAGACCUCUGAAGCAAGAAGAUAAAGAAAGAAGACUUCGGAAAAUGAAGAAAGAAGACUUUGGGAAGAAGAUGAAGAAAGAAGACUUUGGGAAGAAGAUGAAGAAAGAAGACUUUGGGAAGAAGAUGAAGAAAGAAGACCUCUGAAGCUUACUAAAAUGACGACAUCGACAAUGAAAGUAAUUUUCUAUACUUUUAUUUGCAGCACUCGGAAGCAAGUAUAUGAAGGAAGAAGUCUCUGAAGCAAGAAGAUGAAGAAAGAAGACCCCGGAAGCAAAAAGAAAGAAAGACCUCGAAAGCAACCUAUUAUCUGAUGAAGAAAGAAGACUUUGGGAAGAAGAUGAAGAAAGAAGACCUCUGAAGCUUACUAAAAUGACGACAUCGACAAUGAAAGUAAUUUUCUAUACUUUUAUUUGCAGGUAUUAUAAAUCUUUAUUGAUUUUUGUUUGCCAAUGGUAUUAAAAAAAAUAUUUCAUAUUACAAAUAUCUAUAAAAAAAUAAUUAAAAAGCAAAAAUAAUAUGGAACAAAAAAGAAAUCACAAUAACAAAAAAAAAAAAAAGAUUAACAAAAA